AUGACGCGCCCCGGACUCGUCAGAGCUGACACGAUCGAUCUCCAAAACCAAGACGCCCCUACCACCCAAGAUCACCACUCGACCUCGUUGCAACCAUCAGACGUCGGCAAACAUCAGGCCUCCGAGAUCCGCCAUGUCCGCCAAGAGAGACACGAAGAAGAGGAGCAUCUGCAAGAUGCCUGGGGUCGCGCUCACCAAGAUCAACAAGUCAAUGAGUUGGCUGACGACCAACUACAAGCCCACAAUCAUGAGAACGCCGACUCGCCCGACGACGAUGACUUGGACGACGACAUGCUGGACGAUCGAAUCUCCAGCUCUCCCUCUAUCGACGAUGAAGACAUCGAUUUCGACUUCGUCUAUGCCCUGCAUACCUUCGUGGCCACGGUAGAAGGUCAGGCCAAUGCUGGCAAGGGUGAUACUAUGGUACUUCUUGACGACAGCAACAGCUACUGGUGGCUUGUUAGAAUUGUAAAGGACAACAGCAUUGGUUAUCUCCCAGCCGAGCACAUUGAGACUCCGACAGAACGCCUGGCGCGUCUGAACAAGCAUAGAAAUGUUGAUCUGUCUGCUGCAAUGCUUGGAGACACUGCCGGGGAUUCCAAAAACCCGUUGAAGAAGGCUAUGAAAAGACGCAAGGCAAAGACGGUACAAUUUACCGCUCCAACGUUUGUCGAGGCAUCCGACUAUGACUACUCAUCCGACGAAGAGGACGGCUUGAUGCCUGAACCUCUGUACGGUAACGGCAACCAACAGGACCAGCACGAGGACUCCAAGUCUACAGAAGACAAAUCAUCUUCAGGUGCAGAUAUCUCUACAACAGUUGUUGAGGCUGCACGAGCAGAAUCUCCUGAUCUGGCCAGCCCCGCCAAGGAUAUCAAGGCUCCCGUUGAAGAACCGCUGAGUAGUCCCACCCUGGUUGACAAAACAGAAGCAGCACCGCUCAAAUCGUCCAGAAAAGGCACACCUCGGAACGCCGAUUCCUACCUCAAAGAUGAUGGGGCAGAACCGCUCAAGAUCUCUCUCACACCUAAUCUGCUGCGGGAUAACAGCAACGGAAGUCGCUCGCUUGAGAGUAAUGGCUCUAGUAUGGAUGGCCUGGAGAAGACAGCCUCCCCGCCAGACAAGUCAAAGGAUGACAAGAAAAAGAAGGAAAAGAAGCCAGGCAUGCUGAGCGGUCUAUUCAAGAGCAAGAAGAAGGAUAAGCGGAACAAGAAUUCGGUCGACGAGGACAGCGACAUGGAGAAGCUGUCGAGUGAGCUCGCCAGGCAGUCCACAUCGUCCGACUCCAACAAGAGCUCACCCGUCGAACGCUCUACCCAGUUCUCGCCCGCGGAUUCCAAGUCUAGAGGCAAGCUACAGAAGCCGCAAGUUGGAGCAGCCCCCGUCGCUGCUAUCGCUCCGCAAGCCACUACCCCGGCACCUGCGCCGGCACCCGCGCCGGCGCCCGCUCCUGCUCCGGUGGCUGCUCCUGCUCCUCUCAACCCGACAUCUGUCGCAUCCACUCCACAACAUCAAAGAGACGAGCAACCACCAUUAAGCUUUGUUGCUGAACUUGAGGGUUCGACUGUCGAGGCACCUGUACAACGCAACGUCGAAGUGCGCCAGCCAGAGCAAAGAUCCACGAGCGAGACCUUGCUUGGAUCGCACACACUGUCAUCGAUCACGAACAAGAUGCGACACUCGGAUUCGCAGGAUAGCAUCAAGCCAAAGAAGGUGAAAAAGGCCAAGGCUCGCGUGGAACUCGACGAUUUCGACGAGAUCACUGACGAAGAGGACCACAAGGAGAAUGGAGUAAAGGAAUUCGAGGAUGGCCCGAGUGAUGCAUUCAUGCAUGGCACCGAGAUGGUGCACAUUCCCGUCAAUCUUGGAGACGACUCUACUUCGCCAGAUGACCACGAUACGAAUGAGGAAAGAGGUGAAGAAAGCUCAGAGCGGACCAGUUCCCCGAGCAUGGUCGGCACACCCGAUGCACCUCUGGAUGGCCUACGUGAAACCGAAAAACAUACCCAAAGUAUUUCAGACACGGCAGACGACGACCAAACGCCGCUGGCAUCAAAACGCCAGUCAACGGUGGUCAGUGGAGCCUCGACACCUCAGCAACCGCCAGCCAACCCACCUUUCCGACGAGCACCGUCUCCUCCCCAAAGAGCGAGCUCGGCGACUCCAUCCAAUGGUUCUUCGGCAAGGUUGUCUCCAUCUCCCGCAUCUACACGCAGUCCUGCAUCGACUGCAGGUACGCUGAACACGUGGUCUGACGCAAGCCUUCGGGCAUGGCUCGACGGAGCCGAGAAUGAUGUACGUGACAUGCUUGUCAUCAUCCACGAUAAAAGUUCGGUGGUGCCGGUUGCACGAGAUCACCCACUCAUGGCGGGUCUCUUUGACAACGAGAGCCGCAGGCUAGCGGGUUUGCAGGACGAACUCGAUGGCCUGCUCGGCAGUUGGCUUGCUCGCAAGAAGAGCGUGAGAGAGAUGGCUGCCACUUGA